CAACAGCUGUUGUCCUUGAACUUGAGCAACAACAAACUGUACAGGCUGGAUGGCCUAUCUGACAUCAUAGAGAUGGUCCCCACAGUCAAGAUCCUGGACCUCUCCAAAAAUGAGCUGAACUUGGUGUGGGAGUUAAACAAGAUGAAAGGGCUGGAUCUUGAAGAGCUUUGGCUAGAAGGGAACCCCUUGUGUGACACCUUUCCAGACCAGCCCACCUACAUAAGUGCCAUCAAGGAUUGUUUUCCUAAGUUGUUACGCCUGGAUGGCCAGGAGUUACCAUCACCAAUUAUCAUUGAUACUGACACACCCUGCUUGAUGAAGCCCUGCAAGGAAAGUUACAAAGGAUCUGAUGCACUGAAGAAUCUAGUCCUGCAAUUCCUGCAGCAAUACUAUUUGAUCUACGAUUCUGGAGACCGUCAGGGUCUCCUUGAUGCCUACCAUGAUGAAGCCUGCUUCUCCCUGGCCAUUCCCUUCAACCCCGAGGACCCAGCCCCAAGCAGCUUGUGCGAAUACUUCAAGGAAAACAGGAAUAUGAAGAAGCCCAAGGAACCCUGUGCAUCCCUGUGUGUUCAGCCACUGAAGCAUACAAAACAUAACAUCGUGGGCUCCCUCUGUGUACUGCCCAAAACACAGCAUGACCUCAGCUCUUUCUUGGUGGACAUGUGGUUCCAGACGGAGACGAUGCUCUGUUUCUCUGUUAACGGGGUGUUCAAGGAAGUGGAGGGAAAGUCUCAGUGUUCUGUUCGUGCUUUCACCCGGACCUUCAUCGCUACCCCUGCCAGCAAUUCCAG